AUGGGAUUUCCCGAGCAUAUUUCAGUUAAGGGACGCAAAAAAAGAGAACAAAUUUCUUCUUUCAUGAUGCUUCUACGCCAAGUAUUCUUCUUUGUUGCCUUAUUGGUGAGCUGCACCUCGGUGUGUGUUUUGGCUCAAACGGUUCAGUCUGAGACAUUGGUUGAGGAGCAAGUUCAGAGUCUUGCUCUUUCUUCUUGCACUGAUGGUUCUGCUGCUACUUGUCAUUCUGCUUCUCAGAGAGAUCCUACUCCUCCUGGUCAUGCUAAGGAAUCUCGUGAGUGCAAAGGUGGUUCUACUGGUCCCACUUGUGUUUCUCCUGAACCGGCACAACCUGCUCUACGUAUUACUGAAGGAAACGAUGGCCAUGCAAAUGGUACAAAAGGUCCCACUGGUGCUUCUGGUGAAAGAGGAGAUGCUGCGGCGGGUGCAGCUAGAUCUGGUGGUGGUGGUUCUUCUUCUUCUUCUUCUGCUCCUCCUCCAGGUCAACUACCACCCCCUGGUAGUGAGGGUACUUGUUCUUCUGGUACUAAUUGUAAUACCGGCCGUAGUGAUUCUGAACCUUCUCGUACUAAAUGUGCGGAACCUUCGGGUACGGAUGGUUGCAUUACCAAUGGUCCUACCACUGAAGACAGUUGUCGUGGUGGAUCUGGUGAUACAGAUUGUACACAACAACAGCAGAAACCGGGUCUAAGUACAAGUACUCGUAGAGAAGAAGGUCAGGACAACGGUAUUCCAGGUCCCUCUGGUGCUGCUGGUGGAAAAGGAGAAGCAUUGGCUGGUUUACCUGGAUCUGGUGCUGUUGCUUCUUCUUCUUCUUCAGACCCUUCUGCUCCUGGUCCUACUCCUCCUGCUAAGCUUUCUGGGGAAAGUUCUGUAGAGCCUUCGGGUGAUGGCCAAGCUGGAAGCAACGGCAACCAUACACCACCUGAAGGUGAAAAUGGAGAUAACCGUGUAACUGCGGAGACACAACCUUCUGCUGACUCUCCAAACACUUCGUCCACAGGGAGUUCCGAUGUUUCUGAUGCUACAACGGUUGGGAAUGACACUACACCUGCUGAGGGUGAGUCAUCAAGCAACCAACAAGAUGUGGAAACUGCAGACACCACCACUUCAACCACCACCACCACAAUAACAACACUUCCUCCUGAGUCUGCAAACAACAAGAAGGGUGAUGCAGACAGCAGCACCAGUAUCAGCAGUUCUGUGUGGGUGCGUGUGCCACUACUGAUUGUGGUAGCACUGGCCUGUAUUCUUGUGUGCUGA